CUGAACCAUCGACACUCCACUCGACAUUCACGCAUACCACUCAGCUGCAUCCAUAUCACGCAAUACAAUCGUCGGACAAUCUGACUGACUUGCGAAUAACAUCAUCGAUACUGCAUCCUCUCCAAAAUAAAUCUUCUUUUCUCGCCAUCGAAUACACAUACGCCGCACGACUUAAUAUUCCCUCUUCCGCCAUGGCUAGACAGCCUUGGGUAGCACAGAUUCGAAACGCCAGAACUCCCGCUGAGCAAAUAGCUACCCUGAGGAUCCUGAAGAACGAGAUUGUUGGACAUCCAUUGAAGAAAGAGCAGGCAGUACAUCAGGGAGUCCUAGACCCGGUAAUCCGUUUGACCUUCAAUAAGUCUAGCAGCAGACAAGAUGGCAAAGGGCACGAUCACAGUUUCGCUUCUCGAAGCCUUAGUGAGGAGGAAAUGGUUAGGUUGCAAGGUCUCCAAGUUCUUGCAAGCAUCGCAUUAGGCGGUCCUCCAUUUCUAGCACCUCUACAGUCAGCGCUGCCUCUCCCCGCAAUAUACUCGAAUCUUUGCCCAUCGAGCAAUCCUUCCCAGCUAGUCCUCGCAUCCCUUCGAGCUCUCUCCAACCUUGCAGAUGCUUCAGCACUGGCAUCGAAUCCUCAUGUCUUAAGCAUAAAUACUCUGGCAGACGGUCUCUUCUCCCGCCAGCAUCUUGCUUCUUUGUGCAGGAUUCUGUCACAAACCUCAGCAUCGUCCACUGUUCAAACCCAAAUAUCGCUCGCGGCAUCCUUGAUAAGUCGACUCUGUCGGGACGAACGUCACCAACAAGGACUUGCCAAUACUGGAGUUUUAGAUGCGCUUGCUACGAAAUUGGCAAGCUUUGUUGCUGCUGAAGGCCUUGUCCUCCCAGGUGCCGAUAUCUUAGCCCAAAGAGAUGGCCUUUUUGAACACUUUCCCCAAGCAGCCCCAUCCAAUUCCAAUAUGUCGGUCAUUUUGGAAGCCAUUGCUGUCAUCAUUGUAGAUUCGAAGUUUAGAGCUUCACAGCUACUCUAUUCUCCCUCCAUUCUAGCGAUCUUUCCUGUAUCGCAGUCAACGGAUUUUGUACCAGCAACCAAUACCCGAGCGGCUUGGAAUGCUUUCAACGCAUCUUCCUUAAGUGCCCGCCAAGCACAGCUCAACGCGGUUGACUAUUUACUUCCUGUCGUGCCCCAUCAUCAGCUCAAAAGUUCAAGUGCCCAAACCUCGGCGUUCCCCCCGUUGGGUACGUCUAACUCAAGCCAGAACCUCGCUUUGAAUGGUCGCUCCAGCACAAGCAAAUAUAGCAGUGCCUCAAUACCCAGCUGGAACGAUGUUACAAGCAUGGACACGUCUAUGGAUAUACAAGAUACCGCUAUGGGAGAGGCAGAGGAACCUGAAAGUCCCUUAAUCGCCUAUUUAAUCUUUAUACUCCGGUCGCGAGUUGGGCUGGAACGAUUGAUGGCUGCUUCGGUGUUGACAGUUUUGUACAGAGCUGGGUUGACGAAUAAGACGCGAGAAACUGCUAUUGGCUUACUCGUAGUGCCUGUUCUCGUUACCAUGCUUGAUGAAAGUCCCAUUACAUCCAAAGGAAAAGAUGUUAUUGCAGAUGAAGAAGCUGUCACGUCGGAUCGUGCGAUCAAGGAACGCGCUCCUGCAAUUCUUGCUAUGCUCAUUACUGACAGUGAGUAUUUGCAAAAGGCCGCUUUCGACGCUGGCGUGAUUAGCAAACUUUCGAAGAUGCUCAAAGUCUCCUAUGACCCUGUUGCAGAGUCAACUAGCUCUCGUUCUUGGUCCCCUCAUACAGUUGAGGAUGGAGACAACAUCGAUGUCCAGCAGCCCCGACUUGGUGGUAAUAAGGGUCAGCUCCCGUUGCUUGUACACAAGAUCAAAGUCCGAGAGGCCACGUUAAAAGCUAUUGCUGCCCUUGUUCCGUUCAAAGACGAGUUUCGAAAAGCCAUCGUUGAUCAAGGGAUGAUGCCUUACAUCGUUGAGUCGAUGAGCCCAAAUCCUGGGAAACCGUCACCCAAAAGUAACGACAAGUCAGAAAAGGCUACCAACGGCUCUAUUGAGUCAGAGACGAAACAAGGUUACGGGACAAACCCCUUCAGUGUAUUGGUAGCUGCAUGUGGUGCUGUUCGUGCGCUGUCACGUUCAGUUAGUGUUUUGCGUACUACACUGAUUGACCAUGGUGUUGCCCAACCCGUCUUCCGCCUCCUCCAGCACCCAGACAUCGAAGUUCAGAUCGCCGCCACUGCAACUGUUUGCAACCUCCUGACCGACGUCAGUCCUAUGCGUGAGCCUAUAUCUGAAGCUGGCGUACUGAAGAUUUUGUGCGAACAUGCACGUUCUAACAACGCGAAACUACGACUUAAUGCCUUGUGGGCCUUGAAGCAUUUUGUCCAUGGCGUUGGCAAUGAUAUGAAAAGACUGUGCUUAGAAGAGCUCGGACAAGGCUGGCUUGUUCAACUGAUUUGUGACGAUACUGAAGACGAAGCUCUCUCUUUAUCGAGAGGUAAUAUAGAGAGAGAUCAUUCCCCAAGCGAUGAGAUGGAUGAAGACGUAGAAAUGGAUCAGUUUGAGGAGCAGGUAAACAUUGCCUUUGGUAAUUCCUUUGGUCGCUCUACCAUUUCACGACCAAGCAGCAGUCGAAGCAAGUCUAUUCAACAAGCAGAACUUCGUCUUGCCGCUUUACGAGAAGCGGAAACAAACCCUUCUAGGAAGGCGAGGAAAGAUGACAUCGCAGUCCAAGAACAGGGUCUCGACUUCAUUCGUAACCUGAUCGGCGGUGCUGGUCAAGGAGGGACGGCGGAAACCACGGAGAUGAUUGAUUUCCUGUUCAAUGCCCUAGGGCAAGAUCGCUUUUUCGAAAUCCUCGCUUCGAAGCUUAAGCCAAAGAUCAUCAAUCCUUAUAACCGCAGCUCGCCCAAUACUGAGAGGAAGAUUGCACCUCCACAGGCUGAAAUCAUCAUCGCUGUAGGCUACAUUCUAGUUCACAUGGCAGCUAGCGUCCCUCGACAUCGUCAGUUGGUCAUUGCACAAACCGACUUAUUGAAGCUGCUCGUACCGCAGUUUAAUCAUACAAGCAACGAGGUCCGAGUAGCACUCUGCUGGUUAGUGACGAAUCUUACCUGGAUGGACGACCAGAAUGAUGGACAGGCUUGCUCUCAACGUGCUAAUGAGCUGAAGAAACUUGGUUUCCUCUCUAAGUUGGAAAUGCUUGAGCAAGAUCCUGAGCUCAACGUUCGAGAGCGUGCCAAGUCGGCUCUAUGGCAAAUCAAGCAGAGCUAUUAAGCGAUUUCGGGAAACAGUCCGAUAUGAUGCGUUGAGCAAUAUGGUUAAGUUAUGCUGGUAAUGGUUGUAGGCGUUUUCGUGAAGGCAAGGACUUGGUUACCUAGGUAAGGUUAACAAAAUUGCUCGGAUGGGUGGCAUGUGUAUAGUGUAGCAACAGCCAUAAGGUCAGCAGGAGGCCAAGGGCUGUGGAUAGCACAGGCCCGUAGUCGUAACCAAACAAGUGUUACCAUCUGGUACACAAAGCCGUUGAGUGACACU